AAAAAGAAAAAAAAUUAAAUCAAGUUACAGCUCUACCCAACCCACCCAAUCCAUUUGAUUUUCAAUCAUCUCUUCUCUCUUUCUCCGUGCUUCUUUCUGUCUUCACUGUCACUGGUUCUUUCUCAUUUUCUUAGAAAACAAACACUAACUGACCCAACCCAAUCAAGUUUUUAGAUUUGGAGUCUACCGUGCAUUUUACGCCUAAAGACCAAAUCACUUUGAAUCUGUUUAAGAAAGUCUUUCAAUUAAACCCAAAUAAACUUAUUUUUUACUUUUUUUUUGGCCAUUACGCCAUUUGAAAUCGCCGAGAAAAAAAAUAAAGUUUUUCUCGGAAUUUUUUUUUUAUUUAUAUUUGUUUGUGUGUAUAUACAGCAUUGGAAAUGCGGAAUAGCCAGCGAUUUUUCAAGGUGUUGAGGCCGAUCGGAAAAUCGCCGGCGAUUUGAUGGAAUCGAUUCUGUUAACUGGUAGAGCUUUUUUGACUUUUCAUGGAGUUUAUAGUUUGGUGUAGUCCAUGUUUGGUGCCCAGAUUUGAUAUUAAGCACAGAUUUACAGUCGUUGUUUUCAAGCUUGCGGUGAUAUGUUUAUGCUUUCAAGCUACUACUCAAGAACGCCAAAUACAACGGCAUGGUGCAGAAAGAGGAGGUGGAAACAUCGUCUCACAUUCGUGCAUCCAUGACCAGAUAAUUGAACAGAGGAGGCGACCUGGUCGGAAGGUGUACUCUGUUACCCCACAAGUCUAUGAUCAGCCUUUAACGCCAAAAUCCCUUCAUCACAAAGGAAGGGAAUUGCUUGGAAUUUCGGAAUUGAAAUUGCAGCGAAAGGAUGCAAAGCAGCCUAUUAGGAUUUUUUUAAAUUAUGAUGCUGUUGGACACUCGCCUGAGAGAGAUUGCCAGAAAGUUGGUGACAUUGUGAAGCUUGGAGAACCUUCUCUGUCUUCCCUUCCUGGCACUCCUUCUUGCAAUCCUCAUGGUGACCCCCCAAUUUAUGGUGACUGUUGGUACAACUGCACUUUGGAUGAUAUUUCUGGAGAGGACAAAAGGCAUCGCCUUCAUAAGGCUUUGGGGCAGACAGCUGAUUGGUUUAAAAGAGCACUAGCUGUUGAGCCUGUGAAGGGGAAAUUGCGGUUGAGUGGAUAUUCUGCUUGUGGACAAGAUGGAGGUGUGCAACUUCCACGCGAAUAUGUUGAAGAGGGUGUUGCUGACACGGACUUAGUUUUGUUGGUGACGACAAGACCUACAACAGGCAACACUCUUGCAUGGGCAGUGGCAUGUGAACGUGAUCAGUGGGGUCGUGCAAUUGCUGGACAUGUGAAUGUUGCUCCUCGCCAUUUGACUGCAGAGGCAGAGACUUUACUUUCAGCUACGCUAAUCCACGAGGUCAUGCACGUUCUUGGUUUUGAUCCCCAUGCCUUUGCCCAUUUUAGGGACGAUAGGAAAAGAAGGCGUGGUCAGGUUACAGAACAAGUCAUGGAUGAAAAGCUUGGGCGGAUGGUAACACGUGUGGUGCUUCCACGUGUUGUAAUGCACUCACGGCAUCAUUAUGGGGCAUUCUCUGAGAAUUUUACUGGUUUAGAACUUGAAGACGGGGGAGGAAGGGGCACAUCAGGUUCUCAUUGGGAAAAAAGGCUUCUGAUGAAUGAGAUUAUGACAGGAUCUGUGGAUACAAGAUCUGUAGUUUCAAAAAUGACACUGGCUUUAUUGGAGGAUAGCGGGUGGUAUCAAGCUAACUAUAGUAUGGCAGACCGUCUUGAUUGGGGUCGCAACCAAGGAACUGAUUUUGUCACCUUGCCUUGCAAUCUCUGGAAGGGGGCAUAUCAUUGCAACACAACCCAAUUGUCAGGCUGUACAUACAACAGGGAGGCAGAGGGAUAUUGCCCUAUUGUAAGUUAUACCGGGGACCUCCCUCAGUGGGCUCGCUACUUUCCACAGCCAAAUAAAGGUGGGCAGUCCUCUUUGGCUGAUUAUUGCACUUACUUCGUGGCCUACUCUGAUGGAUCAUGCACAGACACUAACAGUGCACGGGCACCUGACAGAAUGUUAGGAGAAGUACGAGGAAGUAGCUCCAGGUGCAUGGCAUCAUCAUUAGUACGCACUGGGUUUGUGCGGGGUUCUGUGACCCAAGGAAAUGGUUGUUAUCAGCACAGAUGUGUGAACAGCUCCCUUGAGGUUGCUGUGGAUGGUAUUUGGAAAGUGUGUCCUGAAGCUGGUGGACCAGUUCAAUUCCCUGGCUUCAAUGGUGAGCUUAUCUGCCCUGCUUACCAUGAACUCUGCAGUACAACCUCAGCUUCUGUACCUGGUCAAUGUCCCAGUUCAUGUAGUUUUAAUGGAGAUUGUGUUGAUGGAAGGUGCCACUGCUUCCUAGGAUUUCAUAGUCCUGAUUGUAGCAAACGAUCCUGCCCUGGUAAUUGCAAUGGUCGUGGUGUGUGUCUUUCAGAUGGGGUCUGUAAAUGCAAAAAUGGUUACACUGGCAUCGACUGCUCUACUGCUGUCUGUGAUGAACAAUGCAGCCUUCAUGGCGGGGUAUGUGAUAAUGGAGUUUGUGAAUUCCGAUGCUCGGAUUAUGCAGGUUACACUUGUCAGAACAGCUCCACACUUCUCUCUAGCCUUUCAGUUUGCAGAAAUGUGCUGGAGAGUGAUGUAUCAGGCCAACAUUGUGCACCCAGUGAACCGAGUAUACUGCAGCAGCUAGAAGAAGUUGUUGUCAUGCCAAACUACCAUCGUUUGUUUCCAGGUGGUGCUCGGAAGUUAUUUAAUAUCUUUGGCAGCAGCUACUGUGACACAGUUGCUAAGCGACUUGCCUGCUGGAUCUCCAUCCAAAAGUGUGACAAAGAUGGUGAUGAUAGGCUCCGGGUAUGCCAUUCAGCGUGUCAGUCGUAUAACUUAGCAUGCGGUGCGUCACUCGACUGCUCAGACCAAACCCUCUUUAGCAGUGAAGAGGAAGGUGAGGGUCAGUGCACCGGCUCUGGAGAGAUGAAGUUAUCAUGGUUGAAUCGUCUGGGGAUUAGGUUCUUUUCAAGUAAUACUUCUCUGAAAGGGAUGUCUGUAAAAUAUAGGCAACUGUAGUUAUCCUAGUUCUUUUGUUUCCUUUCCUCCCCCAUUUUAUUGUUUCCUAAUUUUGCCUUGUAAUUUUAUUAGGGCUUCCUUGUAGGAGAGGUGGCACGCGUUGCACGUGCACCCUAGAUGUAGGUGGUGGUCGUUUGCUCAUCCCAAAUGGUCAUUUACGGAAUUUGGGUGAGAUGGGCUUUCAUAGAUGAGAUCCCCAUGUAGAGAAUUGGAAAUGUAUGCCAAAAAGAAAAAAAAAAAAAAAAAAAAAGAAAAAAAAA